GUGGGAAAAGGGAGGAUGCUACGUGCGCCCCGCCCCGGACCCGCUGCCUGGCCGCGCGCGGGACGUGGGGGACGUGACCGCGCCAAGGGAGGAGCCGCCGCCGUAUUGCCUGGAGUAGGCGCCCCCCGCGCCGUCCGCUACCGCUACCGUAUUGGCCGGAGCGUACAGCCAAGGCAGGGGGCCGCCGAGGUGACUGCGAGGACCACCCUGGAGCAAAUCAGCCUUGUCAAGAGGGACACCGCUAACCAUGCCCAUCUGACCCCUGAAGAAUCCUGGUCCUUCAGAAUGAGGCAGGGGACCCACCAACUCGCACAGCACCCACCCCUGCUCUUGGCUUCAGAGGAGCCCUUUGACCUGGGUUGCACGAAGGUUGGUGAGUUCAGCUGCCAUCUCCUGUGCCUCAGACCCCUCAGCUGGCCAUGGUCAGCACACAGAGGGACCCCGCCAGCCCAAGCGCCUCUGAUGGGCAGCUCAGGGCUUCCGGGACAGAAGUCUUUGUCCCUCACCGUGACUCCAGGCACCCCCCGCGGCCACGACCCCCAUGGCCUCCCUUCCACUCAUGCCUGCUGCCCACCGGCCUGGUUCAGCAUCCAGGCGCCUUAUCAACCAACUUUCCGGGUAAGUAAACCCAGGCCCCCCAGGUGUGUCGCCUGGUUUUCCCAGGGCUAGGGGCCUGCUGGGAGGGCGCGAGCGAACUCAGGAGUCCAGUCUGGUCCCCGAGGGGCUCCCCUCCUCUGCCCGGGACUGGAAAGGAACCGUCCGGUGUGGGUUGGUGAGUGUUCGGGGCGGCGGCGACAGCAGGAAGGAGGUGAGAGAGGACAGCCUCGGCGCCGCCGCCCGGUGCGCACGUGCUCCCCGCUCCCUCCCGAAGGGGGCCCCGGCCGGCGGUAGCCCCACCAAAUAUAGCCGGCGCGCCCCGGCAGCUUGCCGCGGACCGCGGACCGAGUUAUUUAUACCCGGGACCGGCUCUGCAGCCUGGCGGAGCCUUCUCCUGGCCCGAGCCCAGCCCCCGAGGGGCGCCCGACAGACGGGUCCCCGGGCGACCCUGGGAAGUCGCGGCCGUGCGACCCGGGUCCGAGGGCGCGAAGCGGCGAGGCUGGCUCCCCGGGGCCCUUCAAUGGGGGCAGCCGCCGGCGAGGGCCUCGUCUGUGCCCGAGGCGCCCCCCAAGCGAAAGCGCGGACCCCGAGGCCGCCCCCACGCCGAGCGCAGACUCAGCGCGCGGGCGGCUCGGAAGGUCCCAGGACCCGGCCCGCGGAGCAUCC